AGGAGGGAAAGGAGGAAGAGGUUCGAUACAGACUGACUCUGGUUGGCUGUCUCCCGGUCCAUCCCCUCACCACCAUGGCCAUGCUGCCCUGGGUCGUGGCUGAGAUCGGGAGGCCUCGGCCUGGGGAGAGAGAAAAGGCCUUAGGUGGUCGGCCGCCUGGAAGUCCUGCAAGUAGAGACACACGCACCGGAACCGGACACACACGCACCGGAACCGGACACACACGCACCGGAACCGGACACACACACACCGGAACCGGACACACACGCACCGGAUCCGGACACACACACACCGGAACCGGAGGUGGACUUUCGGAAGUGGAGAGCGUUUCCUCACGACGACACCAGACGGUGUGUCUGUGUGUGUCCGCCUCGUGGGUGCGGUGUGUGUGGACGGAGGAGGAGGAGGAGUUGGAGAGGGACAGGCGACCGUGGGACCCCCUCACUCACACUGUGUUGUUUGAGUGCCGGCCGCACCGCCUCACCAAGCUCCUCCACAACAGCAGGGAACCGCGUAGCUUUGGUUGUCUGGUUCGAGACACACAUCUCUGUUACUGCUACGUCUUCCAAUGCCAGGACUGCACCAAGGUCCCUGAGAUCAUCAGUACACUGCGUCAGGCUGGGAAGAGCUCGGCGCGCAACGAUGACCUCACAGCGCCCAAACCCGCCGCCUCUUCCUCAGAAGACUGUACUUCCUCCGCGUCGUCCACCGGUGCCAUCUGCGCGGCCACCAUGUUCGCUAAGAGGUUUGAGGUUCUGUUCUGUGGACGAGUGACCGUCGCUCACAAGAAAGCGCCGCCCGCCUUGAUUGACGAGUGCAUCGAGAAAUUUAGCCAAUCCAUAGGGGCCGCGGGCGGUCCUAAACCAGGAAGUGGCGGUGGAUUGGUGGACGGGCUGCGGAGAGCUCUACCGACGCUCACGCGUAACGGAGGAACGGGGGACGGAGAGGUCACGGGAGGAGGAUACGGUGCCUCUAGUGGUGGGAGGCCGGUGGUGCUCCAACCAGACCCUGGGUUCCCCUGCCUCUGGGCCCUGGAUGGGAACGGUCUCUCACCUGAACUACACACACACACCGCUGGAGUACAGCCCACCAGCCUACAGGACAACAGGACCAUGCUGAUCAUGGUAACCACACACACACACACACACACACACACACACACACACACCGCUGGAGUACAGCCCACCAGCCUACAGGACAACAGGACCAUGCUGAUCAUGGUAACCACACACACACACACACACACACACACACACACACACACCGCUGGAGUACAGCCCACCAGCCUACAGGACAACAGGACCAUGCUGAUCAUGGUAACUACACACACACACACACACACACACACACACACACACACACACACACACACACACACACACACACACACACACACACACACACACACACACACCGCUGGAGUACAGCCCACCAGCCUACAGGACAACAGGACCAUGCUGAUCAUGGUGGGCCGGUCUCAGAUCUUCCUGGUCAGUCCAGACACUAAGAAGGUUGCCAUAGAGAAGAGCUUCAGAGAAAUAUCUUUCUGCUCACAGGGUAUUCAUCAUGUGGAUCACUUUGGGUUCAUCUGUAGAGAGACAGUAGAAGGAGGGAGCUGUUCGUUCGUCUGUUAUGUCUUCCAGUGUACUGAUGAAUCCCUGGUGGAUGAGAUCAUGUUGACUUUAAAGCAGGCGUUCUCUGUGGCCGCCCUGCAGCAGAGUGUAAGGACCAGGAGCCAGCAGUGCGACAGUUGCCCCAUGCAGCAACUGCACAGGCUGUGUGAGCGGAUAGAAGGUCUCCCCCCGUCUAAAGCCAAGCUGGAGUGUCAGAAACAUCUGGCCACGUUGGACAACCAGGAGCAAGCUGCAGUGUUCGAGAACACUGUGAGGGCCAGUCCUAGGAGUGACCAGGAGGAGAAUGAAUUGGUGAUGGGGUCUUUGAGGAGUCUGUAUGAAGCGAAACAGAGGAGUCAUCAACACACAGAUCACAGACCGGUACCAGAGGCUCCAGCCCCAGUAGAGGUCCAGUCCAGUAGCAGACAGAGAUUAGAGCAGUUUAAAACCAGAGCUAAACGCUCCCUCACAGAGUCACUGGAGGGCAUCUGGAAGGGAAGUAGCAAAGCCAGGGCUCAGAGAGACAACAGUGACGGAGACAUCAGUUCAUCAAACUCAACACUGAACUCUACUGGACAGGACCCCUCCCUAGAAGACCCCCUCCCCUCCUCCAAUCCUCUGCGGUCUCACAACUCUACAGGGGACCUGAAACGUCUGGACACCUCUCCUCUCUCCGUCUCUCCUUCCGUCUCAUCCCUCUCUCUGUCUUCCCGGGACACACAGUCCCAGCCACAUGGCUUCAGGCGGAGAGCCAGCACCUUCAGCCACUCCCCUUCCUACCACGAUCUCUCCACUUCCUACCCUGACCACACCCCCUCGUAUACACACACACCCCAGGUCCACAGCGGCUCCACCAAGCCCAAACUGGUCCGUCACUACUCCGUUAGCACCGACACUCCGCACCAGAGCAAUCCUCUGGGUGGUCUGCGUGCUCGUCUCCACUCCUCCUCCUCCGUUCCUAACUUCCUCAAACUCCUCGCUCCUGUCCACGAGAGCCACCCCUGUGACUUAGACAAGAGUGACGUAGCAGCCCUGUCCAGUCCGGUAGCAGUGUGUGUGGUAGGAGACAGUCCUCUACGGAGACACUCCUGGAGACAACAGAUCUUCCUACGCGUCGCUACCCCUCAGAAAAACACUGACAGCAAUGACAGGGGUGACUGCUCCUUAGACGGUAGGGGCGUGUCUGUGGGCGGGGUUGCAGACGGAUCGCUGGGCGUGGUUCCGGAGGAGAGGAAGAAACGUGGCCGAGCAGAACUGAGAGAGCUGUGGAGGAAUGCGGUCCUACAACAGAUACUACUACUGAGAAUGGAGAGAGAGAACCACAAGAUACAGGCGUCGGAGAGUAAGCGUUUGCGUCUGGACUAUGAAGAGAUAACUCCUUGUCUGAAGGACGUCACGCUGGUCUGGGAGAGCAUGCUGGGAACACAGGCCAGGUCGAAGGUCAAGUUCAACAGCGACACUGUCCACGCUGCUGUCGGACAAGGAGUUCCUCGGCAGUACAGAGGAGAGGUGUGGAAGUUACUGUCAGAGCAGUUUCUGUUGAGACAAACGUUUCCUGUCAGACUUCCAGCCAACAACAGGCCUUAUAAGGAACUGCUGAAACAGCUGACCUCUCAGCAGCACGCCAUCCUCAUCGACCUGGGUCGUACCUUUCCAACUCAUCCUUAUUUCCAGGCUCAGUUGGGGUCUGGUCAGCUGUCUCUCUAUAACCUCCUGAAGGCCUACUCUCUACUGGACCCAGAGGUGGGAUACUGUCAGGGUCUCAGCUUCGUAGCAGGAGUGUUGUUGUUACACAUGGGAGAGGAGGACGCCUUCAACAUGCUCAAGUUCCUCAUGUAUCAUAUGGGGCUCCGCAAGCAGUACAGACCUGACAUGAUUAUACUACAGAUUCAGAUGUACCAGCUGUCCCGUCUCCUCCAUGACUACCACAGAGACCUCUAUGUCCAUCUGGAACAACAUGAGAUAGGACCGUCUCUCUACGCUGCUCCCUGGUUCCUCACCGCCUUCGCCUCGCACUUCCCUCUGGGCUUCGUAGCCAGAGUGUUUGACAUGUUGUUUCUCCAGGGGUCGGAGGUGAUCUUCAAGGUGUCACUAAGUCUUCUGGGUAGUCACAAGCCCUUGAUCCUACAGCACGACAGCCUGGAGUCUAUAGUGGAAUUCAUCAAGACUACAUUACCUAACCUUGGACUGGUCCAGAUGGAGAAGACCAUCAACCAGGUGUGUGAGAUGGACCUUUCCAAUCAGCUGCAGGCGUACGAGGUGGAGUACCACGUCUUACAGGACGAGCUGUGUGACACGCCCGCUCACCUCAACCAAUCGCAGCGCACCGCCCAGCUGGAACGCACCAAUCAGAGCCUCCGACAGCAAAACCUCGACCUGCUGGAGGAACUGCAGGUGUCCCAGGCUCGUGUGUGUCGUCUGGAAGGUCAGGUGGAGGGUCUGGUCCAAUCAGAGGCUCUGCUGAGAGAACAGGUGUUUGAGCUGGAGGAGAAGAGGAGCGGACUGCGGAGCUCCGUCACACACCUACACACACUCCUCACCGCGCUGGGAAUACACACACACACGGCGCACGGAGACUUCAACCUGGACCCGCACACACACUCCGCUACCGACACGGACGGACCGGGAGACGGACCGGGAGACGGACCGAGAGACGGACCGGGUGUGGAUGUCCCCACCAGAGAGGGGCCAAGGCUGGGUAACUCACCCCAGAGAGAGGGGCCCAGACUGGGGCAAGGGACAGCGAUGUCCUCCCCUCUCCUCCCUCAUCCACUGGCUCUACCAGAACACUGAAUGUUCUCCCAGAGGACUGUUCUCCUGUACUGAACUGUAGAAAUGGGGGGGGGGGG